AUGGGUGUCCCAAAAUUCUUUAGAUGGAUGAGUGAAAGGUAUCCCUCGAUCUCGCAAUUGAUCGCGGAGAACAGAAUACCAGAGUUCGACUGUCUGUAUCUGGAUAUGAAUGGUAUCAUUCAUAAUUGUACACACAAAGACUCCGAUGAUGCGACCUUUCGUAUGACAGAGGAGCAGAUGUUCAUUGCGAUUUUCAAUUACAUUGAGCAUCUUUACGGGAAGAUUAAGCCAAAGCAGCUUUUCUUCAUGGCUGUGGACGGAGUGGCUCCUCGCGCAAAGAUGAACCAACAACGAGCUCGAAGAUUCAGAACGGCAUUAGAUGUCGAGAAUGCUAGAGAAAAGGCAAUUCGAGAAGGAAAGGAAAUGCCAAAGGAAGAGGCGUUUGACAGUAAUUCCAUCACACCAGGCACGGAGUUUAUGCAAAAGUUAACUCUCCAACUGAAAUACUUCAUCGCAAAGAAGAUCUCAGAGGAUGUCGAUUGGCAAGGAACCGAGAUUGUUCUCUCGGGACAUGAGGUACCAGGAGAGGGGGAGCACAAGAUUAUGGAGUACAUUCGCCUCAAGAAAGCGCAACCGGAUUAUGAUCCUAACAGACGUCAUUGUCUUUAUGGUUUAGAUGCGGAUUUGAUUAUGUUGGGAUUGUUGAGUCAUGAUCCUCAUUUUUGCCUUCUUCGUGAAGAGGUUACCUUCGGCAGACAGAGUAAAGCCAAAUCAAAGGAGUUAGAGCAUCAAAAUUUUUAUUUGAUGCAUCUGUGCAUUGUUAGAGAGUACUUAGAAUUGGAGUUUCAGGAGUUAAAGGGAGAUGGGGUUUUAGGCUUUCCAUUCGAUCUCGAGCGCGUUAUUGAUGAUUUUAUCCUGAUGGCGUUCUUUGUCGGCAACGAUUUCCUACCGAAUCUUCCAAAUUUACACAUUAACGAAGGGGCGUUGGCGUUGAUGUUCAAGGUGUACAAAACCAUUUUGCCCAAGGGUGGUGGAUAUAUAAAUGAGGGAGGAGUUAUUAAUAUGAGCCGACUGGCAAUCUUGCUUGAUGAACUGUCUCACGUUGAGUACAGAUUUUUUGAAUCGGAGAGCUCGGACUCAUCAUGGUUCAAGGCUAAGCAAAUGUCAAAGGAGGAUGUCAUGGUGAAAGGCAAGAAUAAGGGCAAACUCGUAAUGACGACAGCACAACAACAAAUAUGGAAACAAGUCAAAUCCUAUGUACAGAAGAGAGGAACAGAAGCAUUAGAUUUAUCCGAAAAGCUGCCCGCAGCGGAUAGAAAAUUCGCGCAGGAUUUAGCAGAGAGUCUACACCUAGAAUGGAAAACAGUUCAGAGUGAUGAUGGAGAACGCCACAUGCAGCUUUCAUUCCCUGCUAAGCUCGGUGCCGACGACGACGAAGAAGACGAUGAUGAAGAGGAGGAGUCUCAACUUGCGAUCAUGCGAAUUGUUAAACAAUACGAUAAAGCAGAAGUUCUCGAUGUUACCAGAGAGCAAGCACAAGCCGAGAUGGAUCGUAAAUACGAAGAGAAGUUCCAAGAAUGGAAAGACAAAUAUUAUGACGGCAAGUUCGAAUGGGAUCGAAAGAACGAAACAGAGUUGACGAAUUUGUGCGAGAAUUACGUCCAGGGUUUGCAGUGGGUUCUUUACUACUACUAUCGUGGUGUCGUAUCGUGGCCGUGGUAUUACCAAUAUCACUAUUCGCCGAUGAUUUCUGAUGUCAUAAAAGGACUGAAAGCAGAUGUCAAUUUCAAGCUUGGACAGCCGUUCCAUCCGUUUGAACAACUUAUGGGCGUGCUACCGGAUCGUAGUAAGAAGAUUGUGCCGACGGUGUAUCAUGACCUCAUGACUAAUCCCGCUUCUCCUAUCAUCGAUUUCUACCCCCGAGACUUCGAAUUAGAUAUGAACGGAAAGAAGAUGGAAUGGGAAGCUGUGGUCAAGAUUCCAUUCAUUGAUGAAAAGCGAUUGUUGGAUGCUAUGGCUACAAAGAAUAAUCUGCUGAGCGAUGCCGAGAAGGCUAGGAAUGAGUUUGGGGUCUCUUUAAAGUUCACUUACGAUCCAGAUGUCGACUUUACUUACCCAUCUUCAUUGGUGGGUAUUUUCCCUGACAUUGCCCAUUGCCACUGCAUCGAAAACAUUUUUGACCUGCCGACAAUCGAAGGCCUGGACUUUUAUCAUGGUCUCAUGGAUGGAGCUAAGCUUGGAUCUGCAUCUCUAGCUGGAUUUCCAAGUUUAAAUUAUCUUCCAUAUAAUGCAACAUUGGGUUUCCAUGGAGUCAACGUUUUCCAAUCAGACAGCCGUAACGAAAGUAUGGUUGUCACAAUCGAAGAUUGUGAAGUUCGAACAAAUGUCAAGACAGCACAACAGAAACUUGGUAAAAGAGUAUUUGUUGGUUAUCCUUUCUUACAGGAAGGUAAAGUUGUCAAAGUCUCUGAUGAACUAUUCGAUUAUCUGCCUUCCGAAGAUGCCAGCGGUCAACCUAUCAGUAGAGCACACGGGCCUCGUGAAAUCGACGACUUCCGCAAGAAAGCCGAAAGAAUAGAAAGCACUUAUAGCAAACGUCUUGGUAUAAUUAUUGGACCAGUAGAGUCCCUCACUCAUGUGGAGAUGCUGAAAGGCUUGAAAAAGAUGGAUGACGGUGCGACCAUCAAGGAAUAUGCUGUUAUUCCUGGCCAAGACACAGACUAUGCUUCGCAAGUUGUGGUGGAUGAAGUUAUCAGCGAAGAUCAGCGAUUUUUGGAGAGAGCAGCUUUGCCUGUGGAGGAGGAGUUCCCUGUUGAUGACAGAAUAUUCUUUCUCGGAGAUUUCAACUAUGGCCGCCCAGGGCUGGUUGAAGGUCACGCAGAUCACAAACUUCAAAUCUCUCUGUCCACAAUUAAAGGCAAAGAGGUGGAAUUUGGUAGAAACAUUGUUCACAACGCGAAAAACAAUAGUCACUACACUCCGUCUUUUGCAGUUGCUAAAAUGUUGGGGUUGCAUCCUUUAGUACUUAGCAAGAUUACUUCAUCCUUCCAAGUUUCUGCUGUGGGUCAGCUUCGCGUCAACUUGGGACUCAACCUCAAAUUUGAGGGCAAGAAGCUUAAGGUUUUGGGUUAUUCGCGACGAGCCGAUAAUGGAUGGGAGUUCAGUAAUAAAGCUAUUGAACUCAUCAGCACUUAUAUGACCAAGUUUCCUCAUUUCUUUGCCGGUAUCCAAAGAAAACCUCAAGGUAAUGAAUAUGAGGAGUCUGACUUUCCUGGUGCUAGUGUCAAGGAGAUUGUGGCAUGGCUCAAAACCAUCGAAUCCAAGAACUUUGAGAAAGUACCUUUGGAUGCUGAGCAGCUUGACUCUGAUACCGUAAUGGCUAUCGAGGAAGCGGCUCAAGAAGCCUUGAUCAAUGGCCCACAACCUCAACGUACAACGCUUAAAGCUGUUCCACGUGGUGCGCUCUUGAAGCCAUCUGAUGCUGAACAUCGUUGCGGCAACCAGAAGUUUGCUCUGGGUGAUCGUGUUGUCUAUGUUGCAGAUUCUGGUCGCGUGCCCAUUGCCACGCGCGGUACUGUUGUGGGUAUCUCUCGCACCCCUCGCACCACUUUACUUGAUGUCCUAUUUGAUGUUACUUUCAUGAGUGGAACGACUCUUGGUGAACGAUGCUCCCCGUUCCGUGGAUCCACCGUACCAAUUGCCAGUGUGCUCAAUCUUACCAACAAGCAACUGAUUGCGGGCUCUAGAGCUGCUGCUGAGAAGAGACCCGCUCCAACUACCACGCCUCUAACAGCCAAUGGUGGCUAUGGUUUUGGACGAGGUCAACAAUAUAGAGAAUCUGGUCCACCUCCUCCACUGCGAGGUUCUUUCCGUGGCGCCGUUUCAGGGCAACGUGGAAAUUUUGUACCUCGUGGUGGACGUGGUCGUGGUGGUUUCACCAAUGGAAAUGCACAUGGUAAUUCUGGCGAUAAUGCAACUCCAGCGGUUCAUAGCAGCAUGGUUAUUCGUGACACAACACCUGUGAACACGACCGGUAAUGCCAACGGCACCAGAGGUCGUGGAACCGCAUUUGCAGCCGCCAGAGGUGGCGGUUCCGCCGCUGGUAGCGUAGCAUACAACAAUGUUCCUCCACCGGCUGCGUUGGAUUCACGAGGCAGGGGCAGAGGCCGCGGUGGUAGAGGCCGCGGUGCUUCGAGAGGUCGAGGUGGUAAUCCACAUCCUCCACAAGCUUAG